AUCCUUCUCGACUGUCGUGACAUGGACCUUCGUCGCCGGUUCAGCAGGCUCUGAUACCGAGAUCUUUACGGAUUGAUUCUUCAUCGACGUUUAAUCGCUGGACUUUUCGAAGGUACUGGGCAUCGCCUGCCCACUGGAGAGGGGCUUGAGACGAAGCCAUUGGGAAUAAGAGACCAAACUCUCGAGAGAGGUUUUGGAGGGGACUUAACGGGAUACGCGCGCUGGGAGGCGGCGAAAAGGACACCGAGGCCCGGCAUGGCGAGCUACGGAGGAUACGAUGGCUAUCGGGGUAGCCCAGGGUCAAUGAAGCAGUCGGAGCGAUCAAGAUGGACGCCCCUGACGCGCAUGUUGCUGUCGGGCGAGAUGACGCAGGAGAAGCAAAAAGAGCUGACUCCACGGGAGAAGUUUGACCGAUGGAUGGUGAACGAAGGCUACCGGCGAAUUUUCGUCUUUGUGUUCAUGUUCCUCCACGCCGCCGUGUUCGCGCUCAGCUUCGUCCACUUCACACUCAAGGACAGUUUACAGACUGCUCGUGAGACAUUUGGGCCGACAUUUAUGAUUGCACGGUCAGCGGCGCUCGUCCUCCACGUUGAUGUCGCCCUGAUCCUCUUCCCGGUCUGCCGCACGCUCAUCUCGCUGGCUAGGCAGACACCACUCAACGGCAUCAUCCAGUUCGACAAAAACAUCACAUUCCACAUCACCACCGCAUGGUCCAUUUUCUUCUUCUCCUGGGUGCACACGAUUGCCCACUGGAACAACUUUGCACAGAUCGCGGCGAAAAACAACCUUGGCUUUUAUGGGUUCUUGCUGGCUAACUUGGCGUCGGGGCCGGGCUGGACCGGGUACGUGAUGCUCAUCGCCCUGACGGGCAUGGUCAUCACCUCGGUCGAAAAGACGCGGCGCGCAAACUACGAACGAUUCUGGUACACACAUCACAUGUUCAUCGUCUUCUUCUUCUUCUGGUCCAUCCACGGCGCGUUCUGCAUGAUCCAGCCCGACUUUGCGCCAUUUUGCACCUCGGUCGGCGCCUCGGCCAUCGGCGUCUUCUGGCAGUAUUGGAUGUACGGCGGCUUUGCCUACCUCGCCGAGCGCAUCGCUCGCGAGAUCCGCGGGAGGCACAGGACGUACAUCUCGAAGGUCAUUCAGCACCCUAGCAACGUGUGCGAGAUUCAGAUCAAGAAAGAGCACAUCAAGACGAGAGCCGGGCAGUACAUCUUCUUCUGCUGCCCCGCGGUCUCGCUGUGGCAAUACCACCCGUUUACCUUGACCAGCGCGCCCGAAGAGGAUUACAUUUCGAUUCACAUGCGUGUGGUGGGCGACUUCACCCGCGCGGUUGCCGAGACGCUUGGUUGUGAGUUCGACAAAAAGAAGAGCGAGUCGUCCAAAGUCGUGGGCGUCAACCAGGACAACGACGGGGUGGAUCCGGCGCUGCGGCGGGUGCUCCCGCGCGUCUACAUUGACGGGCCGUUUGGGUCGGCAUCCGAGGACGUGUUCAAGUACGAGAUUGCGAUCCUGUGCGGCGCCGGCAUCGGCGUGACGCCCUUCGCCUCAAUCCUCAAGUCGAUCUGGUACCGCAUGAACUACCCGCAAAAGAAGACGCGGCUGAGUAAGGUGUAUUUCUUUUGGAUCUGCAGAGACUUUGGCUCCUUUGAGUGGUUCCGGUCUCUGCUCCUGGCUAUUGAGGCGCAGGACGUGGACAACCGGAUCGAAAUCCACACGUAUUUGACGGCCAAGAUCAAGGUCGACGACGCGACGAAUAUCAUGAUCAACGAUGCCAACGCCGACAAGGAUACGAUUACGGGCCUCCGGUCGCCGACCAACUUUGGCCGACCCAACUGGGAUAUGAUCUUUAGAGGAAUCAGGAAACUGCACACACCCGCCGAGGCCGGCGUGUUCUUCUGCGGUCCCAAGGGGUUGGGCAGCACAUUGCAUAUUUACUGCAAUAAGUACAGCGAGCCCGGGUAAGUGAACUUCUCAAGCGCAGCUGCAUUUCUUCUGCCUGGCACUAACAGGGAGUUUUAGGUUCAACUUUGUUUGGGGCAAGGAGAACU